AUGAAAAUACUCCUCUCAUCAGAUGAAGUUAAUUUGCUUGUUUAUCGCUAUUUAGUAGAGAAUGGAUUUAUCCAUGCUGCCUACGCUUUUUUUAAUGAAGCAAAUAUAUCGAAAAACUCGUACUAUAUAAGUCAUGAUGAAAAGCUUCCAUGCCAUGCUCUGGUAACCUUUAUGCAGAAGGCAUUGGUAUUUAUAUUUAUAGAGUAUCAUACCGAACAUAACAAUGGUAGAAUUUCCUGUAAGGAACCCUUUUCCCUUUUUAAAAGACAUGAAUGUUUUGCUGAGGAGAAUGAUUUAUCAGAGGAACAGGAAAAUAAAAUAGGAAUUCGGGAGAAUGAGAAAAACAACAGCAAUAAUUUAAACACAUGCUCCGCCAGUAGCAAAGCGUUUGGAAAUAAUAAUGUCAAUAGGACUAAUCUGUCCAACUCUGUCAGCUUUAGUGAUUUGAAAAAUGAUUCCAGCCUUAACAAUGUUGAUGGCCAUGGCCCCAGCGGUGCUAAUGCUAAGAAAAACCCCGUUAGCAAGAAAAAUGGAGGGAAAAUUGACAACGAGGAGGCCGACGGGAAAACCAAUCAAGAUAACAAAAAAAAUAUGAACCAGGUUAGUAACGGGAAUGGUAAAGACACCAAUAAUAAUUGCAGUAGUAAUAAUACAAAUGAUAGUAAUGCCCCCAAGGCGAAAACGAAUUCGAAGCCUAGCAUUUACAGCAGCAGCUUUUCAAACUUUGCCUCGUUAAACUAUAACGACAGCAAUAUAUCUUUUAAGGAUAUCAAGAGGAAUUACGCGAACAUUUUCGCGCAAGGAAAAAAGUCCAAAAAAAGCUCUUCAAAUAAGAAGAAUAAUAGUACUAACACCGGCGGCAGUAAUAAUGUGAGCAACAGAAGCAACAACAAGAAUAGUGAGACCGACAGUGGCCAUAACAACAGUGGCGGAGGAAACAGUAAAAAAAACGACUCGAGCGUUAGUAGCAAUAGGAGCGAGGGAAAGGCACCCAACGUGAAAAACGAAUCGGAUGAUGUGGGCCCUAGUGGGAAUCAGCGAAAGAAAUCUAAAGUUAUGAAAAUUGUGAGUAAAUCCAAUAAGGAGAAUGAAGAUGAGAAUGGCAAAUGUAACAACAUGAGUGAUAGCAUCCUUUCUGAUGAUAAAGGAAAAGAGCAUAAUCACGUAUCGGAUACAAAGGAGGAUAAUGUGGAAGGCACUAAGCACAAUGGUGCAAAAAAAUACAAUAACUUAAAUAACAAUAUUAAAAAGAAUAAUGUAAACACAUCAUCCAGUGGCAAAGGAGCUAGUUUAAGCAAUAACAACAACGCCAAUGGGAAGAAAAAGGAGUUAAGUGGUGGGAACGCAGGUCAAAAUAACAAUUCAUCAAAUAAGAAAAAGAAAAAAGUGAAAAAAAAGAAAAAAGAAAGUACAUCCAGUAAUUCAACAAAUAAUAGCAAGAAAACGAUAAAAAGUUCGUUACAAAAGGAGAAAAAUGAAAAGGGUAAUAAGAGCGUCACAUCGAAGCAGAAAAAAAAUGACAGACAGGACAGUGAUGAUGAGGAGGAGGAUGAAGACUGCGAUGAUGAAGUGUCUGAUGAAAACUCAGAAGAGGAUUCCGAAUUUUCUAAUGACAAUGAAGGUUAUAAUAAUGAAAACGAUUGCAAUGCCCCUAUGGAGGACAGUGCCAAUAAUUCUGCACAAGGAAGGGAUAAUCCCUCAAGCAGUUCUAUUAACAAUAAUGCGACAGUGGAUGAUAAAUCGAAUGAUGAUACGUAUGCUAAUUUUAAGAAGAAUAGCGGUACGAAUAUCAUUUCGAAUAAUCAUUCACACAAUUCUACCAUCGACGGGGUUAAAAAUGAAAAUAGUAACCCCCAUAUAAUAAUGACGCAUUACGAUGGCUUCCCUAAUAAUGCGUAUGAUGGAAAUUUACAGGAAGAUGCAUUAGCAAAAGAAAAAUCGUUAAAUGGUAACAAUUCAAAGUACGCAACUAUGCUAAAGGGAGAGUUUGGUGAACAACCCCCCGCAGAGGUGGAAGGAAUAGAAGAGAAUAAUAACUCAAGUAAAAGUGAAUUUAAUUUUAGUUUUACAAAUUUUCUGAAUAAGAAAAUAAGUUCUAUUUUUAAUAACACUUCUGGUAAUGAUGACUUAAUUGAGAAAAAGCAUAAUAAUGAUUGCAAUGACAGUACUGUGAAGGAUGCCUCGAAUAACGAACAGGUGCUACCGCAAGAUGCGCAAGAUCCCCCAACGAGUGAAGCCUACGAAAGCGUCAGCAGUAGUAAACAUUCGUACAACAAAUUUAGCCAAAAGGGCAAGCUGAUAAAGGAUGAAUAUAUGGAGGCUAAAUACGAAAAGGAGCAUCUCGCAAAGGAACAAAGGAACGAGGCGAAAGAUGUAGCAGGGGAGGUAGGGGCACCUGCGAAGAAACAGAAAAGACCAUACGAUUACAAUAGUGAUAUGAAAGUGCAAGAGGGAGGAGAUACACAACAAAUGGAAGAAGACGAAAAUGAUAAAAUAUGUGUAGAGGAGAAAAAGAGGAAGAAGUCUUCCAUUUAUGAAGAAAAUUAUAAAAACGAAAUGAACAAGGAGUUUUUUAAAAAACUAACGCAGACAUCGGCAAAUAAGGGGGAUAGCAAAUGUGAAGAGGGUAGUGGUUCAUUGGAUAUGAAGGAGGAAAGUGAAGAUGAUGAACUUGGUAGGGGAGUAGAAAAACAGGGAAUGGACAAUGAAUUGGAACGACCCCAAAAUGGUGAUUUGCACCAUUGCGGGAAUGAUGGAAAUGAGGAAUUGGCUAAGGCAAAAAUAUGUGAACAAAAUAAAAUAUCUAUUAAUAAUUCUGAUAAAAAUUAUUAUAACAGAAGCCCUAGUACUGCCCACGGGGAUGAUCACGAAUCGUAUGAUAAGAUGGAUGAAAAUUACCAUGGGGAAGGGAAUUUUUUAAAAACAAACUGA